AUGAAUCCCAGCCGAAACAAAGUCACUAAAAAUGACAAAAAAUCUAAUUCUAAUAACAAAAAACAAGAAGAGGAAAACCAGGUGUAUGUCGUUGAAAAGGUUUUAGAUAAAUGUGUAAGGCAUGGCAAGGUGGUAUACUUUCUCAAAUGGAAAGGUUUCAGUGAUUCGGAAAAUUCUUGGGAACCUAUUGAAAAUCUUAAUUGUGAUGACUUGAUCAACAUUUUUGAACGUGAAAGAAAAAGCAAGACAUCGAAUUCAAUUGAUUUAGAAUCUUCUGAUGAGUCUGACAAUAAUAAUACUGAGGAGCAGAAAGUAGCAGAAAAAGUUGUGGCUGUUGAUAAACUGCAUGGCCAGAUUGUAUAUAAUAUUAAAUUUAAAGGAAUUAAAGAACCUGUGGUAGUAAAAAAUAAUACUGCUGAACAAUUAUACUCAAAACUCAUUAUCAAAUACUAUGAAAGUUAUUUGUUUGAAUAA